GCUCCUUCCUGCGGCGCACGCGUCGCUUCCAGUCAAACCGGGUUGGGCAGGCUUGGGUUUGCUGUGCAUGCUGGGAUACUGGGGGGGUCGGUUGCUUUUCCUCUCUCGGGGGGGUGUGGGUAGAGGCUGCGGCUGCAGAGAUGGAUGUCUUUCUAAUGAUCCGAUGUCAGAAGACAACCAUUUUCACAGAUGCCAAGGAAUCCAGUACGGUGUAUGAGCUGAAAAGAAUCGUGGAGGGGAUCCUAAAGAGACCCCCGGAAGAACAAAGGCUAUACAAGGAUGACCAGUUGCUGGAUGACAGCAAAACUCUUGGAGAUUGUGGCUUCACCAGUCAGACGGCGCGACCCCAAGCUCCUGCUACAGUCGGCUUGGCCUUCAAGACCAGUGAAGAUACCUUCGAGCCCCUUCACAUUGAGCCCUUCUCUAGCCCUCCGGAGCUCCCUGACGUGAUGAAGCCCCAGGACUCCAGCAGCAGUGCAAAUGAACAAGCGGUGCAGUGAGAGCCAAGGGAGCAGUGAGCUGCACAUCCCACGGCAUCCCCCCUUGCCCUCCUCAAGCCUCCAAGGUGGAGAGACAUGGCACUGCUUCUUCCCUUUCAGUCCAGGUUCCCUUUUGACUCCACCCCAUCAAAGCAACACCACAUACCCCCAUCCAAAGCCUUUCCCUGUUCACCCAACAGAGCUAUGUUUUCGUUUUGGUUUUGGAAACAAUAAAAGUUCAGCUGUUUUUUUUCCCCCUUC